UCCGGGGGCGGUACUGUUGUGUCCCGUUGGAUUGUGUCCACUGUGAAGGAUUGUUUUGGUUAAGAAGCAAAUAUUUUGUUAUGCAGGCCUGUCCAGUUGCCACUUAUUUAUCGAAAGGUUUACACUUAUCACUCCUUUCUCUCAGAAUCCUCUGUUUGAGAAGUGGUUCGGUUUUUAACAUUCCAUAAAAAAAAAAAAAACUACCAAAUAUAAGCUGUCAUCGACUGGACUUGCUAACAUCCUAUAUCGGGAGUUGUUUUAAUCCUCCUGUAAAAACUGUCUUUGUUUUCAUUUCGUAAAAAUUUAAUUCUAAUAUUUGGAUUGUAAAAAAAAGAAUGGCGGAUGAAGCUCUUUUUCACUUUCUCCACAAUGAACUGAUUCAUUACGCCUACAAGUCAGCCGAGCAAGGAGAAGUGGAGAAUGGAAGAUGCAUUACCAGAUUGGAAAAUAUGGGGUUUCGAGUCGGCCAAGGCUUAAUAGAAAGGUUUACUAAAGACACAGCUCGCUUUAAAGAUGAAUUAGAUGUUAUGAAGUUCAUCUGUAAAGACUUUUGGACUAGUGUAUUUAAAAAGCAAAUUGACAAUCUAAGAACAAACCAUCAGGGAAUCUAUGUGCUGCAGGACAAUAAAUUUCGUCUACUUACACAAAUGUCAGCAGGAAAACAAUAUUUGGAACAUGCGCCUAGGUAUUUAGCAUUUACCUGUGGAAUGGUAAGAGGUGGGCUUUCAAACCUCGGUGUCAAGAGUAUUGUGACGGCAGAAGUUUCAGUAAUGCCAGCAUGUAAAUUUCAAGUCAUGAUACAGAAGAUGUAAGUGAAGAAACUGAAGAACAGCAAUUUGCAUGUCAAUGCUAUAAAUGUUUCAGCAUGUGAACUGUUUAAUUUUUAAUUCCUGGCAUCAUGAAGUAUUAAAAGCCUAAUAACAUACAGAAGGACUUUUUUUAUACCAAACUUGUCUCUUGUAGUAUGUACAUUUGCACAUAACUCUUAAUUAAAUAAACGUUUGAAAAAAGAAA